AUGCAUCACCAUGAACAGCCUCCUUCGAUUGCAUGUAAUGGGAGCGCACGCGAAGGCGGAUUGGUAUGGCGCGGGUGCUCCGCCGGCUGCGACGCCGAAGACGGCACGACGGGAGCGCUCACCGACGGAAACGCCAACCCAGGAGACAAGUUGGAGGGGUCGGACGCAGCUCCGGACGACCCUGUUCACCUCAAGAGACGGGUGGGACUCUUCAGUGGGGUGGCUCUAAUCGUCGGAACUAUGAUUGGAUCUGGUAUAUUCGUCUCGCCCUCUGGGCUUUUGGAGCGCACAGGCUCAGUGGGCAUAAGCUUCAUAAUAUGGAUGGCUUGUGGCCUACUGUCAUUGCUGGGAGCGCUGGCGUAUGCAGAAUUGGGGACAAUGAACACGUCGUCUGGAGCUGAAUACGCAUACUUCAUGGACGCGUUUGGGGGACCGCCCGCAUUUUUGUUUUCAUGGGUAUCUACGCUGGUUCUGAAACCAUCACAAAUGGCUAUCAUCUGCUUGAGCUUCGCAAAGUAUGCGGUAGAACCGUUUGUGUCUGAAUGCGAACCACCCAAUGCUCUGGUCAAACUAGUGGCGGUCAUAGCUAUUGUGAUGAUACUUGCCGUGAAUUGCUAUAGCGUGAACUUGGCCACGAAUGUCCAAAACAUCUUCACAGCGGCCAAGCUGGUGGCCAUCGCCAUAAUUGUAUGUGGAGGAGCUUAUAAGUUGAUACAAGGUAAUACGCGACAUUUACAGGAGCCUAACUUCGCCAGUAGCACGGCGACCCUGGGCAACAUUGCCACCGCAUUCUACACGGGCCUCUGGGCCUAUGAUGGUUGGAACAACCUCAACUAUGUCACUGAAGAAAUUAAGAAUCCAUCCAAGAAUCUGCCCUUAAGUAUUAUCAUUGGGAUCCCGCUGGUUACCCUGUGCUAUGCGCUGGUGAACGUGUCGUAUCUGGCUGUGAUGUCGGUCAGCGAAAUGGCAGACAGUGAAGCGGUGGCCGUCACAUUCGGCAAUCGACUACUUGGACCCAUGGCUUGGCUCAUGCCACUGGCGGUCACAAUAUCCACUUUUGGCUCGGCGAACGGCACUUUGUUUGUAGCAGGAAGAUUGUGCUUCGCGGCAUCCCGUGAAGGUCACCUUUUGGAUAUACUGUCGUAUGUACACGUGCGCCGUUUCACACCAGCACCAGGAUUGAUUUUCCAUUCCUUGAUAGCUGUGGCCAUGGUGCUGUACGGCACCAUAGAUUCCCUGAUUGACUUCUUCUCAUUCACUGCGUGGAUAUUUUAUGGCGGUGCGAUGUUAGCACUCAUUGUUAUGAGGAAAACCAAACCUCACGCGCCCAGGCCAUACAAGGUGCCAAUAAUAAUUCCGUACAUCGUGCUGAUAGUAUCUACGUACCUAGUGGUAGCACCGAUCAUAGACAAACCUCAGUGGGAGUAUCUGUAUGCGGCCGCCUUUAUUUUUGGCGGCGGUCUCGUGUAUUUGCCCUUCGUCAAGUGGGGGUACUCCUUGCCUUUUAUGGAUAAGAUAACGGUGUUUCUACAGAUGGUAUUGGAAGUAGUGCCUACAUCAACCACUUUCGAAUAUUAG